GUUCCCCAUGAACAAAAGAAAAAAGACAAAUUUUUCUAGCAAGAACUUUGAAGUCUUUUUGCAUGUAUUGGGGUGGAGUUAUGACUGGUCACAUGGGUAGGGGUUUCACAGAAGAAUUAUGGAGGAAGGGACCAUGGACUGCUGAAGAGGACAGGUUGCUAAUUGAGUAUGUUAGGCUGCAUGGUGAAGGCAGAUGGAACUCUGUUUCUAGGCUUGCAGGGUUGAAAAGAAAUGGGAAGAGUUGCAGAUUGAGAUGGGUGAAUUAUCUGAGACCAGACCUCAAGAGGGGUCAGAUAACACCACAAGAAGAGAGCAUAAUUCUAGAGUUGCAUGCUAGAUGGGGAAACAGGUGGUCAACAAUUGCAAGAAGCUUGCCAGGGAGAACUGACAAUGAGAUAAAGAAUUACUGGAGGACCCAUUUCAAGAAAAAGGCAAAAAGUCCCUCUGAUGCUGCUGAAAAGGCAAGAAACAGACUCCUAAGGAAGCAGCAAUUUCACCAGCAACAACAACAACAACAACAACAGUUGCUUCAGCAGCAGCAGAUGCAACAGCAGCAACAACAGCAACAGCAAAUGCAAUUCAACUUGGACCUGAAAGGGAUCAUGGCCUUGCUUGAGGAAAACAACAGCCAAAGAGUCCCUUAUAUAUCUCAGGCAAUUAGACAAGAUAUGGUGAACAUGUGUCCAAACACCACAGAAGAGCAAGGAUACUUGUACUCCUCUGCAGUACCAGAGGCCUCAGCAGAAGAAAUUUUAUGGGAUGGGCUGUGGAACAUGGAUGAAGCUCAUGGCAAUCUCAGUGUAGCAAACAAAGCUGGUCUAUACAAUUUAGUUGCUCCCUUCUGUUGAUGUUUUCAGUUAAGAAAACUACUCCUAAUCUAUCAGCAUGUUUGAAUCCGCUUCUCUUUCAUCAGAAUGAGUUCAAGCACUCAGAAGCACCACUCACUUCACGUUUUCCCCAGAAUUUAUUUUGGUUUUAGCACCAGGUGUUGAAGAAUUUCCAAACAUGUACUAAGUUCUUAGAUUCAUAAUAAGGCUCCAUAAACCAGGAGCUUUAGAUCAAUUGUAGCAUAAGGUGUGUACUUUAGUUAGUAAAUGAUUUUCUGAAGGCAAAUAUAUUAUGUAACAUGUCAAUAAUAAAGUGUCUCAAUUUUGGUUUAUGAAA